CGCCAAGGCAUGGGCUCGAACCCCUCGACUUCGAUCAUCGAUGCGACCUCGAAAUUUGACGUCUUUUCUUUGGGUGGUGUGGUUUCAGUUUCAGAUCGGGCUAUGCCAACUUUCGGUGACGGCGGAUAAAGAGAGGAACAUUGCCCAUGCUCGCGACGAGAUUCGGGAAAUUUUUUUUUCUUUCCGAAAAUGGGCAUCAAGGUAGUUCCACCUCCCUCUUCUUCAUUGUUGAUUGAGUCGUCCGUUGAUUUCGAUAGGGGCUGACGAAGCUACUGGCGGACAAUGCCCCUAAGGCGAUGAGGGAGCAAAAGCUGGAGAGCUACUUCGGCCGGAGGAUCGCCGUCGAUGCCAGCCUGAGCAUCUAUCAGUUCCUCGUUGUGGUUGGGAGGAAGAGGACUCAGAUGCUCACCAAUGAGGCUGGUCAAGUCACCAGUCAUCUGCAAGGCAUGCAUUACCGAACGAUUAGGCUGUUGGAAGCAGGGAUACAGCCAGUCUACGUAUUUGAUGGUAAACCUCCUGAUUUGAAGAAGCAAGAGCUCGCACAAUGGUGACACAACAGCACAAUGAAGACUGCAAAAAACUAUUGAGACUUAUGGGUAUCCCAGUAGUUGAGGUUACUAUUCUGUCUGAGAAGUUCAUUCUUCUUUAUUCGUAACAAAAAUGUUAGAUACCAGAUUCAGUUUAUGUAUGUCAGGCCCCUUCAGAAGCAGAGGCACAAUGUGCUGCUCUUUGAAAAGCUGG